CACAUAAAAAAUGGAGGCUUGAGCAGAGCAGCAGUGGUGUCCUUAACACAGCCUCUACAUGAUGCCUUUUUCACCUCUGAAACCUUCCCUUAAGGCAAUAAUUUCCAGAUUCCACACCUGGAAGCUUCACAGCAUUGUUCUAUGAGGGCUGCCCCUGCCUGCACUGAACAAAGAUAAUUACUCAGGAAACAUUUCGGCCAAUCAGGCGCAGCCUUCUAUCUUGCCUGUUAGGCAAGCGACCAGUCAGGAUCUGGCUAACAUCACUGGGGCCUGAUCGCCUUGCCUGAAGAGCGGAGCCUUCCCCGGCUGAGGGCUGAGAGUGUCCUCCAUGUUUUAUAAGUGUUGAUAUAACAGUGUGUCAGGCAGCCAUGCAUCCACAGAGAGAAAAUGAGUUGAGAGAACAACCAGGGACGAAACCAGGGAAAUCAGGCUUUUCCAGUGCUGCGUGCACAAAACACAGAGCAAAGAUCAGAACACAGUCCAACUACAGUCUUACAGCAGCAGUGUAUUCUGAGGACGGCAGUGCAGGUCUGGCUGAGGAGGAGAUAAAGACAGAGUCUGAUGUGGUAGAGGGGAUGGAUUCAUCUGUACGAUCCAAAGUCCCUGAUCCACCAGGGUCUGCAGAACGAUCGGUGGGACCACAGAAGAGAAAGGUAUCGAGUCCCACCCAUUCCUCCAAUGGACACUCUCCAUCAGACACCUCACCCAGCCCGCUCAAGAAAAAGAAAAAGCCAGGGGCUGUCAACUGUAACAACAAAGAUCAAUCAGAGCUAAGACAUGGUCCCUUUUACUAUAUGAAGCAGCCAGCACUCACCACAGACCCUGUUGAUGUUGUACCGCAGGACGGCAGGAAUGACUUCUACUGCUGGCUGUGCCACCGCGAGGGCCAGGUGCUCUGCUGUGAGCUCUGCCCCAGGGUGUACCACGCCAAGUGCCUCAAACUACCAGCUGAGCCCGAGGGCGACUGGUUCUGUCCAGAGUGUGAGAAAAUAACAGUUGCUGAAUGCAUAGAAACUCAGAGCAAGGCAAUGACAAUGCUGACAAUAGACCAGCUCUCGUACUUGCUCAAAUUUGCACUCCAGAAAAUUAAACAACCUGGGACCGAGCCUUUUCAGAAGCCUGUCUCUCUAGAACAACAUCCAGAUUAUGCAGAGUACAUCUUCCACCCCAUGGACUUGUGUACCUUAGAGAAGAACAUUAAAAAGAAAAUGUAUGGCUGUACGGAAGCUUUUCUUGCUGACAUGAAAUGGAUCUUACACAACUGCAUCAUCUAUAAUGGAGGUAAUCACAAAUUGACAGCAACUGCAAAAGUCAUCGUCAAGAUUUGUGAACAUGAGAUGAAUGAGAUCGAAGUGUGUCCAGAGUGUUACCUGUCCUCCUGUCAGAAAAGGGACAACUGGUUUUGUGAGCCAUGUAGUCAACCCCAUCCUUUGGUCUGGGCUAAACUAAAAGGCUUUCCCUUUUGGCCGGCAAAAGCACUUCGGGAAAAGGACGGUCAGGUAGAUGCACGGUUCUUUGGACAACAUGACAGGGCCUGGGUUCCCAUCAACAACUGCUACCUCAUGUCCAAAGAGAUCCCAUUCUCUGUGAAAAAGACAAAGAGCAUAUUCAACAGUGCCAUGCAAGAAAUGGAGGUCUAUGUGGAAAACAUUCGCAAGAAAUUUGGAGUUUUUAACUAUGCACCUUUCCGUACACCCUACACACCCAACAACCAGCUCCAGAUGCUAGUGGACCCAUCCAAUCCCAGUGCUGGAACAGUAAAGACAGAGAAACCUGAUAAACUUCGAUUCAACUUUGAUAUUACAGCAUCUCCUAAAAUGGUCCUUAGUAAAAGCUCCACCUCCAGCGGCAUGAGUCGGAGGGUCUCGAUGACAGAUAUGCCUCGUUCUCCCAUGAGCACCAACUCCUCAGUGCACACUGGAUCUGAUGGGGAGCAGGAUGUGGAAAAGGCCAAUAGGAAUCCCGCUUUCCACUACAGCACCGGAGAGGAAUCCAUGGAUUGUACAGCAUCUCCUGUGUCAGGGAAGAUGGGUCCUGCAGGCAGUGUGACAGGAAGCCCAAAAUCCUUUAACCCUGGACUGGUCCCCAAACAGGAGAGGACUGCAGGAACAGGCAGCAUCCUCAACCUCAACCUUGAUCGAGUUAAGGCUGAGAUGGACUUGAAGGAGCUGAGUGAGACUGUACAGCAACAACAGCAACAGCAACAACAGGGAGCGCCAGCUGCCCCACCUACUCCAAAGCGACCUAUCAGGAGCCUCGACAAGACUAUCGAAAGCUGCAAGGCACAACUAGGGAUAGAUGAGAUAUCUGAAGAUGUAUACAAAGGUGUGGAUCACAGUGACUCUGAAGACUCGGAGAAAUCCGACUCAAGCGACAGUGAAUACCUCAGUGAUGAGGAACACAAGCCAAAGAGCUCUGCCCAGGACAACAAGGACAAAGCAGAGAGAAAGAGGCCCAAAGCAAGCACUGAAGGAGAGACUAAAGAGGGGGUCACAGGGACGGGGGAUAAAGCUACCCCUGAACCCAAAGACAAGCAGGGUAGUAAUGGUACAGACCGGGAUGUCCAGGACAAGCCCAGAACACCCCAGGCUCAGCCCCACACUGACAAAACCAAGACCCCAGAGGAGGGAAGAGCAGCAGCAGCCUCAACAGGAGCUGAGCAAGACUCAGAUUCUGAAAGAGAGCUGGUGAUUGACCUGGGGGAUGAACAUGGGAGCCGUGACUCUAAGAGGGCGAGAAGAGAGCAGGGGGCUUCAGCUGCAAAAAUGAUCAAAGAGUCCACUGUAAAGUUAGAAGCCACAUCUGGACGGGAAGCUGCCUCCAAUCUAAAAGACUCUUUGCAACCUGCCAUCACAGCAGCCCUCAACCUUGUUUCCACUACAGCUUCUGGUCAGCCCAGUGCCACCACAAACAGCAGCGGUUCAACCAGCGCUCCCUCUCCCGCCUCCACGUCAGUCUCCACAUCAUCGACAGCACCUGCAGCUGUAAAGAAACAGCGCCCUCUUCUGCCCAAAGAGACAGCUCAGGCAGUGCAGCGGGCAGUGGUUUGGAAUCCAACAAAAUUCCAGACCUCCUCUCAGAAGUGGCACAUGCAGAAGGUGCAGAGGCAGCAGCAGCAUGGGGAACAGACGACGCAGACGUCAGCCCAGAAUCAAGCACAGACCCGCAGUCCACAGCAUUUGCAGUCACAACAGCAGAAUUCCUCUUCAAGUACCCGCUAUCAGACCAGACAAGCAGUCAAGGGACAACAAAAAGACUCACCUCAGAAUACAUCCUCAUUAACAACUACCCAAGUCUCAUCUAGUAGCUCUUCCUUUAUGCCAGACUUGCAGAUCCCAACAGUCUCAGCGGAUGUAGCUGCAGAUAUAGCCAAGUACACAAAUAAAAUUAUGGACACAAUAAAAGGGACAAUGACUGAAAUCUACAAUGAUCUUUCAAAAAGCACUUCAGGAAACACAAUUGCAGAGAUAAGGCGGCUAAGGAUAGAGAUUGAGAAACUUCAGUGGCUUCAUCAGCAAGAGCUGUCGGAGAUGAAACACAACUUGGAACUGACAAUGGCAGAGAUGAGGCAGAGUCUUGAACAGGAGAGAGAACGAUUGGUGGCUGAGGUGAAAAAGCAGAUGGAGCUGGAAAAACAGCAAGCAAUUGAUGAGACCAAAAAGAAACAAUGGUGUGCAAACUGCAGGAAGGAGGCCAUCUUCUACUGCUGCUGGAAUACGAGUUACUGUGAUUAUCCCUGUCAGCAAGCCCACUGGCCAGAACAUAUGAAAUCCUGCACGCAGUCAGCCACAGCUUCACAGCAAGAGCCAGAAGCGGAGCCCAACUCGGACCCUUCAGUCAAAUCAUCAGGCCACUCUCCUGCCACACAGACACUGCCAUCAGGAGCAGGAUCCAUAUCAGACAAAAGCAAUUCUCCCACAUAUAUGGAAAAAAGCAAGGACGGUGCAGGCGUUACUGUGACCUAACUGCUACACUACAGACAUCCUCAUGUUUUGAAAGGUGGAUGUCGGGCUUGGAGUCCAAAACACAUGGUCUCAGACACAACACUUGAAGGCCUGAGCUUCUGUGACAAAUCACUUUGAUUUUUCCAUUCCCAUCUGCGUAGUGAUCAGACUGUUUAUGUUUCUCUUACACACAGUGUCCACAAGUCUGUGUUCAAGUGAUAUAUCCAUGUGAAAGUAGUCUAUAUUAAAAUGUGAGUCUGUUUUCAUCCUGUACGUUUGUCAUAUCUGUGUCACUAUAUUGUUUCAAAUCGGUGCAAGAUUGUAUCAGCAAACUUUCAGUGCUGCUCUCAAGUACUCCAAUGCUGUUUUAUGUUGUUGAUUGUUCACCAAAUCAGGCAAAACAACCAUCAGCAGAUGAAAAUGUUCACUAUCAUAGUGCCAUUGGACAUAUUUUGAGUUAUGCAAUUUCAACUUUUUUGUUUCAAACCAUGGUUGCUUCAUGUCACCUGAGAGAUUAUAAUUCAUGCAACUUUUUCUCAACUGUGUCACGGCAUUUUUUGUUUAUACCAGUUUUGUAUUGUAGUUCCACAUAAAAAAUAUUUGUGAUUUAUUAAAAAGAAUUUAAAAAUUUAAACUGUACAAAAUUUUUGUAAGAAUAUACCUGAACAAUAUUUAUAGUGUUAUAUGUUUUUAUAGUAUGUUUAAUUAAAUAACAUUUCUAUGUGUCAAAAUUAUUUGGAAAAAACUACUUAUGAAUGUCGGCGCUUUCUGUUUAUAAUCAGUUAUUAAAACUGAUGUAAUUCCUAGUUAAAGAACUGGGUGGGCAUAAAGAGAAACUGCAUUUUGGCUGUAUAUUAAUUCCUGUGAGCAUGUCUGUUUUUCUAAAUCUUGUGUCACGUUACUGUUUACAUAUUGUACAUAAAAUAAAUGGAUUUGUGAGGAAAAUAAAAUUGUUCUGCAUAUUUCA